CCAGCUCAGGGUGGAAGGUUGCAGGUGCAUAUUAUCUCCUUCCCAUGCCAAUUUGAACAAGGACUUCAUUUCCCAGGGUGCUCUGCGCCUCGCCCGACAAUCUGUGAAAAUCCGAAUGCGCCUGCGUAUCCAGACGUGGCAACGGCAUCAUGGCCUCCUGGAUCCGCUACAGGAGAAAGAUGAGAGAGGCGACAAUGUUCGCGCUGGUGCUGCUGAUGCUGAUGCUGUCGUCGUCACUGGCAGCCGUGAAGGUGUCUCCUCUCAUAGACAAGGUCAGCGACCACAAAGACUUCAAGAAGCUGCUCAGGACGAGAACCAACGUCCUGGUGCUCUACACGAAGACAGCUACGUCGGGGGACUCCUAUCUGAAGCUGCUGUCUGACGUUGCCCAAACAGUGAAGGGCCAGGGAACCAUUGCGUGGGUCAACUGUGGUGAUUCAGAGGGUCGUAAACUCUGUAAAAAAGUGAAGGUGGACCCGAGCUCCAAACGCGAGGGAGCAGAGCUGCUGCACUACAAAGAUGGGACUUUCCACACAGAGUACAACAGACCUGCUACAUUUAAGUCUAUGGUAGCAUUUUUAAAGGACCCGUCGGGACCGCCGCUGUGGGAAGAGAACCCCGAAGCAAAAGACGUCGUCCACAUCGAAACGGAGAAAGACUUCAGAAAGCUGCUGAAGAAAGAGGAAAGACCGGUCCUCAUUAUGUUCUACGCUCCCUGGUGCGGCGUUUGCAAGAGGAUGCAGCCUGUUUUUCAGCAGGCGGCCACAGAAACAAAAGGCAAAUAUGUGCUGGCAGGGAUGAACGUUCACCCGGCUGAGUUUGACGGCCUUAAGCAGGAGUACAACGUCAAAGGCUACCCGACCUUCUGCUACUUUGAGAAGGGGAAAUUCCUUCAUCACUAUGAAAACUACGGCGCUACCCCAAAGGAUAUAGCAGAUUGGCUGAAGAACCCUCGGCCCCCGCAGCCAAAGACUCCGGAGGUGCCGUGGUCGGAGACGGACUCGCCGGUCUUCCACCUGACCGAUGAGUCCUUUGACAGCUUCCUGGAGGAACAUCCUGCGGCCCUGGUCAUGUUCUAUGCCCCCUGGUGCGGCCACUGCAAGAAAAUGAAGCCAGAGUAUGACGACGCGGCCGAAGUGCUCAACAAAGCCACAGAUAGCCCCGGCGUGCUGGCGGCAGUCGACGCCACGGUGCACAAGGCUGUGGGAGAUCGCUUCAAGAUCUCCGGUUUCCCCACCGUGAAGUACUUUGAGAAAGGGGAAGAGAAGUACACGCUCCCACACCUCCGAAGCAAAGACAAGAUCAUCGAGUUCAUGCACAAUCCCCAGGCUCCUCCGCCACCAGAGCAGUCCUGGGAGGACAGGCCCUCCAGUGUCAGCCAUCUUGGCUCAGAGGAUUUCAGAGAAGCUCUGAAGAAGAAGAAGCAUGCUUUGGUCAUGUUUUAUGCUCCCUGGUGUCCACACUGUAAAAACGCCGUCCCUCACUUCACCACAGCAGCAGAGCUCUUUAAGGAGGACCGCAAGAUUGUUUAUGCUGCUGUGGACUGCACAAAAGGACUGAACCAUGACCUCUGCAAGCAGGAGGGGGUGGAGGGCUACCCAACGUUCAACCACUACAACUACGGCAAGUUUGUGGAAAAGUACAACGGAGAUCGCGGGGUAAGCUCCAUCUUUGGUCUCACCAGUGUUUUAACACACUUGUCUGAAUCACAGCAGACUUUACUGGACGGAUGUCACAAUUAGAACUACUCCACCAGU